AUGAUAAAACUUCGCUAUAUAUUUCUAUGGGUCAUAAUAAUAUACUUCACCGUGCAAUAUAUUUUCUCAGCGGUUCAACUAUUCAGUGUUGACACUUCGAGAGUUGGAUAUGAGAAUCUCAAGGAGGGUCCACUUCUCCUGAAACCAUCUAAAAUACUAAAGAAAGGAAAUACAAAUAUUAUUCAAGGAAUUGGUUAUGGUUUAACAGUUUUUGACAAAACUUCGAAAAAACCGAAAUUGAAAAAUUAUACAUCAUUGCCGGAUAUUGCGAGAAAGGUGAGAAAUUUUAAAGUUUAAAAAAAAUUUGAAAAAAAAAAUUUUUUUUAAAGAAAGUUGUGAAUAUUUCGAAAAAAUUGUUUGAUUCAACUGGAGAUUUUAUUUAUGUUACUUUGAUUAACAAGGCUUAUGAGAAUUUGACAUUGAAUUGGAUAUGUAAUACAUCAUUAAUGAAGGUGAGAGCUCAACAUAUUAUCAAAAAUCUCAUCGGUAAUACGCGCUCCAACACGCAACGCAGACCGCGUUGCGCCACAACACACACAAAUAAGGGAACGAUUCAAACUCCCUCCCUUUUUUGUGUGUGUUGUGGCGCGGCGCGGUUUGCGUUGCGUGUUUAUUUCGGUGGAGCGCGUGGUACCGAUGAGAUUUUCGAUAAUAACCAACUAUAUUCUCAUCCUAACUCGUAAAUUUAAUAUAAUUUUCAGAACGUACAUAAUCGAACUCUAAUAAUCAGCAUGAAUAACUCAACGUGUCAAAACAUAUUCCAUCACUGGAAUGAUACAAUCAAAUGUAUCUCAUUGAAUGUGUCAGAUUAUAACGGCUCCUACGAUUGGGGAGCACAAAAAUAUAUCGAUAUUCUGACACUUCGAACAAGUAUUAUGAUGGAAUUAACAAAACAUCAAAUACCAUUCAUUUUAUUUGAAACCGAUGCUGUUUGGUUCAAAGACCCCUUUGAGUUCUUCAAAAAUUUUACGACAACAGAACUUUUCGAUAUUUAUGUCCCAAUCAAGGGAAGAUCCGGGGGGAAGUCUGAUGUUUUAUCGUUUGAUCCGAUGUUUGUUCAACCAACGAAUACAUCGAAAAUGUUUCUAGAAGAGUUGUAUGGAAGAUUGGAGAAUAAUACUAAAUUAUUUGAUCAGGAUGAGAUGAAUAAAAUGUGUUCAAAUCAAUAUAAUGGAUUGGUUUGUCGAGUUUUUGAUUAUGAAGAUAUCUCAGAUGGUUUAUGGUUCUCAAAUCCAUCGGAACUUCUUCCCUUCAUCGUCAAUAAUAACUUCAACUCAGGAAUUAAGAACAAAGAAACUCGCCAAUCUCUAA